AUGGCAGCUCUUUCCAUCAACCAUUCCAAUGGCCGAGCAGUAACUCAGCCACAUCUUCCUUGGUCUAGUGGUGAUGAUUUCCGCUUGUCAUUAAUACCGAUAAGCGCGGGAGACCGGGGUUCGAUUCCCCGAGGGAGAGAUAUCUUUUUGCACUUCGUAUCACUUUCGGUUGACUUAACAUACCCCGAUAUUGCUCAAAAUUAUCUGAUACCUAUGGUUGUAGAGAACGGCCGCCGAAUACGACAUGAAGAUUCUGAUUGGAGCCUUGCCCUAAAAUGCUCCGCUGCCCCAUAUAUCCAAACUGGACCUGAUAUUUCAACAAGGCCGGCUGGCCCAAUGGCAAGGCGCUUGACUACGAAUCAAGAGAUUGCAGGUUCGAUCCCUGCGUCGGUCAAUCUUUUUGUCUCCCAGGCUUUCUAUCUUUUUGCUCUGUUGUCGAUGUGGUUAAAAUGGUAG